UACAAAAAAGUGAGUUUGUAGUUGUACUUACUAUAUUGAAAGAAGUGUUGAGUAUCAUAAAUGUUUUGAGUAAUACUUUACAAAAUAAAUGUGCAACUCUUGGUAUGUCUAAAAAUGUAAUUCUUGGUGUGAUAACAACUUUUGAAAACUUAAGAUCUGAUAAUGAAUUUUCAAAUGUCUGGAGAAAAAUAAUGCAUAUAGCAGAAAAAAUUGGUAUAUGUUUACAAAAUCCAUCAAAGGGAUCAAAACGACAACGAAGAGAACCAAAAAAUCUUCAUGAUUAUGUCCUUAUCACAACCACAGGAGCAGAAGAAAUUGAAGAAUCAACUUCAGUUGAAACCUUUUGGAAAACUACAGCGUAUAUGUGUAUCAUGGAUACUGUAAUUAAUAAUUUAAAAUACAGAUUUUCAGAUGAAAGUUUAUUAAUGGCUAAUUCAAUUGAUUCAUUUUGUAAUUUGGACUAUACAAAUUCAUUGUACUUCAUUGAUCAUUAUAAGGAUAUUGUGAAUAUUUCAAUCGACAGUUUAAGGUCCGAAAUGAUAGUUGCAAACAAUUGUUUAAAAGUCUCAAAAAAAGAUUUUGAUUUUAAUGAUUUAAAAAAAGUUGUGGAAAAACAUAUUUAUCCAAAUUUAUAUAAGCUGUUACAAGUUGCAGUAACAAUACCUAUAAGUUCAGCUACAUGCGAACGCUCAUUCUCCUCAAUGAGGCGUAUAAAAAAUUGGUUAAGAAGUAGUAUGGGACAAGAAAGAUUUGGUAAUUUAUCUAUUUUAUGUAUAGAAAGAGACAUUGCUAAUAUAAUUGACACUCAGGUCAUUGUUGAUAAAUUUUCAAAAAAGGAUAGGCGUCUUACUUUAAUAUAA